AUGGCUCAACGUUUACGCGAUGCUGCUCUCUCCGAUUGGGAAUCACAUCGAAACGUCGAACCAUCCCUCCAGUCCCCCGCCAUCAGUUCUCCUUCGAUAGUUCAACAGAAUGAAGUCCAAACUGCGACUCGUCCUAAUCUAUACCACAGUAUCCGAACCUGGGCGCUCCAAUCCAGCGAAGCAACUCUUCGUCAACCAUCCGCUCCGGUGGGAGAAUUUCCAUUUGGAUCAUCGGCCGCACGCACUACUCUAGACCCUGCAUUCACUAUCACUAGUCCUUCGGCAGUUUUUGCAAGUUCUCCAUUGGCAGGAAGAAACACGAUUUUUGGAAGCGAUGGAGCUUCAAUGGCAAGCACUGCCGCUGUGCAGGAGGACAAUAAUCCCGACACGGACGGCGAGACCGUUUCCAACCCCGCUGUUUGUCAACCAUCACCAGUAAAUCGCACCUCAUGUUCACCCUUACAUCGUCAUCUUGCUCGGCGGUCGGUCUCUAGCAGUACCCAUGGAUUGCCCACCUCCAACAGUUUCAAACAAACUGCUGCCGUUCCACCGUUGAUCGCCACUUCAUCUUCGCUUGGCUCAUCAAGUGAAGGAUUCUCUAUCGGUAGCGUAUUUGAAGAAGAAGAAAUCGCAGAACCUGCGAACCCCAUUGUGAAAAUCGAAAAGGAAGCUUCGCACUCUCAAGGUCUUGGCGAGUCACCUAUUCUAUCAAGCUCUGGCCAUCUUACUGUUUCAGCCAGACCAAAGACCAAGCGAUACAAAUCAUGCGGCGAGAUCGUUCAACAGAAGCCUUCUUUCACCAAGACGUCAUCAGAUCCGAUUCGAGAAAAGACAUUGUCUGUACUCGGAUUAAUAGAAUCUAACAUGAAACUAUCUAGUGGAUCAUCAUUUGGAGCAAGUUUACCUAGUUCACCUUUAGUAGGUCAUGAUUGUGGAAGAGCUCACUCGCCUUACGAAACGAGUACAUCUUAUUUCCCUAGAUUUGUGUCUUGA